AUGUCCGACAAGAACACCUCCACUCUCCAGUCGUACGUCGACUCGGCCACCAGCGCGGCCCAGUCCGCUCUUGGCUCGCUGACGGGCAACACGGCCGACAAGCAACAAGCGGCGGACAAGCAAGCCGACGCCAACGCGAAGCACGACCUCUCACACGCCAGCGCCAAGGCCGGCCCUCUCGACAUCAGCUCGAGCGGCGUGCAGCGGGAAGACCCGGACCGGACGGCGGGCAGCUGGAACCAGACGGUCGGCGCGGGCAAGGAGGCACUGGGCGGGAUCAUCGGGUCCGACGACCUGAAGGCCGCGGGCGCGCGCCAGAACCGCGAGGGCAAGGGCCAGGAGGCCCAGGGCCAGCUGAGCGAUCUCGGCUCGGGCAUCUCUGACCGCGUGGGCGGCACCGUCGGCGGCGCCAUUGCUGGCGCGACGGGCAAUGAGAGCGCGAAGCGCGAGUACGAGAAGCAGCAUGAUCGCGGCAAGACGGCCCAGAGGGGCGUCGAGGCUGACCUGCAGAAGCAGGCUGAGGCUGAGCAGAAGUAA